GCCCCAGCAGCUCCAUAAAACAUUCAUUCUGUUUCUGCACCGUGAGGUUGCAAACGGCGGCGCUCGGACCUGACAGCGGGUCAGUCUUCUCUCCGCCUCUUAACUUGAGCAGCUCCAGCACAAAGGGGGGGAAACCAGGGACACGUUUCAGCAUUUACCGUUCAGUUCCCCAACCCCCGGCGGCUCUAUGGAUCGGACUUUACUGACUUCUGGGGAUCUUUGAUGCUGACACUCGGCGGCUGGAUGUGGAUCUGUUACCUUUCCUGUUUCGCUCUGGAGCGAUGCUGACUGCACCGUGGGACCCUCCUGUCCAAGCUGCAGCCUCCCGCUCGCCUCAGGCUUGACUUUGCCGGCUCUCGCCCCAUCCCACGGAGCUGUCCGACAGCCUGGUGCCUCUUGGAAAGCAACGCCGCCGCUGGGCGAUUACGGACAAGGCGAUGGCCGAAGGAAACCGGCUCCUUUUCCUAGCACUCUGCUUGCACUAUCUCCCUAAAGUUGAGGCUUGCCCCAAGGAUUGCACCUGUUACAGCGAGCCCAUGACUGUCAGCUGUCAACAGCAGGGUUUCAAAUCGAUUCCUGAGGGGAUCCCGCUCAGAAGCCAACGGAUCUUUCUUCAGAACAACAAGAUUCCCUUGGUGAGCUCCAGCAGCUUCAGCUCUCGGCAGAACCUGAGCGUGCUGUGGCUGCACUCCAAUAACAUCAGCGUCAUCCAAGCUGGGGCGUUCGCGGGCUUAGAGCGCCUGGAGGAGUUGGACAUUGGGGAAAAUAUCAACCUGCGCUCCCUGGCCCCCACCUCGUUCCGCGGCUUGGUGCGCCUUCACACCCUGCACCUUCACAGAUGCGGGCUCUCGGAGCUCCCAACGGGCAUCUUCAGAGGGUUGGUCUCCCUGCAAUACCUAUAUCUGCAGGAGAACGUGCUGGAGAAACUAGACGAUGACCUCUUUGCGGACAUGGGUAACCUCACUUCCUUGUUCUUGCAUGGCAACAGGAUCCGGACACUGUCAGAAAACGCGUUCAGGGGCUUGCGCAGCCUGGACAAGCUGUUACUGCAUCAAAAUCGGAUCAGCUUGGUGCACAGCAGGGCUUUUCAUGACCUGGGCAAACUGGGCUUGUUGUACCUCUUUAAUAACAACAUAACCGUGCUAACUGGACAGACCAUGGACCCUCUGAUCUCCCUGCAGUAUCUCCGGCUGAACGGUAACCAAUGGAUGUGUGACUGCCGGGCUAAAUCUCUCUGGGAUUGGUUCCGGCGUUUCCGGGGCUCCAGCUCUGUCCUGGAAUGUCACGUCCCGCCUCGACUGUUUCAGCGCGAUCUGAAAACGCUGGAUCGCCGCGAGCUGGAAACUUGCCUGGAUUCCUCUCACCAGAUCCGGACCAGCAUUUUCAGCACCAGGACCAGAUCCGGUAAACUGCCCACGGUGGAAACACCGUCCGGUGCGCGGGAUGGGGCCAUCAAGUGCUGCCAACCAGAUAGCGAGCAGUCCUCUCUCAUCUACACCAAAGGCAAACCGGCCCCUUCAUCGUACAACGGCAAAGAGUCCACCAACAAGCCGCUCAAGGACAAAGAGAACAUCUCCAAAAGCAGGUACACGAAAAACGACCUGUCCAAAAACGGGACCUAUAAAACUGGCUUGAGCGACGCUCCUGUGGGAACUUUCUCUGGCAAAAUAGACCAGUCAUUAGACAUGCUCAGUCCGGAACUAUUAAACAACCUGGACUCCUCCACGUCGCCCACGACGAAAAAGAAGCGAAAGUGUUAUAAAAAGCCUAAAACAGACUCAUCCCCGUGCCGCCUCAGUAAUGGGUCUCACAGUAAGCACUUGGGCAACACAGUGUUGGCAGCCGUGUGUCUCCUUCCGUUCUUGCUGCACCUUUGGUGAAAGGGACAGUGAUGGCUUUCCAGCACUGGCCCGGAGCAGUGCAGUACUUUCACUGGCCUCCACAGACAAUUCAAGAGAAACAAUUAAUAAAAGUGAAGAAAGCUUUGGUCGUUCAAAACAAAAGUAACUUGGAUGCCUUUAUUUAAAAAAAAAUGUAAAACCAGAAUUGUGUAUAUACUUGUAUGUGCUCAGUCAUUAAAAUAACAGAUUCGACCUUUCGAAUCCCAUCGAUUCAAGCUUUUGCAAGAAAUAAAAAAGGGACUGAAAACGACAAAAAUAAAGUUCCAAGUUUAAUUUGCUGAUCGAACAUCGAGUCAGUUUUACGGUGCACGAUCAGCCGCUUCAAAAACAGAGGCUGUUGGGAGGCGGAUCAAUAACUGGGAAUCCAUGUUCUGGUAUUUGCUAUGUCCUUUGUUGAAUUUUGAUUUGAGGAUCGUUUGAUUUGAUCUCCCGUGUGGAAUGUUGUUCUUAGGGCUCCGCUAUUGUUCUUUUUUACCCCUGCUCCUGACGUGCCAACUCCCCAUCAAUCUCACUCCCGCUGCAUUUGUUCCAGAAUGCCGCCAAACGCAGGCAAAAAAAAUUCUCAACAAAGCCGUGGACCCGUUUGAUUUUACUUGUGUAAAAGGUUGAAAUAUAUAAAAAAAAAUAAAAAAGCGAUUUUUUUAAGAUAUCCUUUUCGUCCAAGGCUCUGUGGGAUCGAAAGAAUGUUUAAUUGUUUUGAUUUUCGAAAGUAUUGUUGCAGAUUUAUCAUUCAGUCUGGAGUGUGGAGAUGAAAGCCAUAUCGAAAAUAACAAGACAGAGCUGAAAAGGGUGUCUCUGGCUGGGCAGAAAUGUAGGGAAUUUAACGUUACUCUAUGUUCUGCCGUUCUUUUCCAGCAUCCAGGCAAAGCUUCGAAAUGUUAGUUACUGGGAAUGUGUACUUGUCAUCUUUUUUUGUUUUGUAAACUGGUUAAAUGCACUCGAUUUAAAACAAAACAAAUUAAUCACGUUUACACGGGAUAGAUAGAAUUACAGCGUGGCUACAAUCAGAAUCAUUUGGACAAACAUUAGAAAAAGCAGCUCAUUUAAGGGAUACACCAUCUAAUUCCAAAUCUCUCCCAAAGAUACUGAAUGCAAUGAAUACACCCCCCGCCCCGGUCAGGAAUGGGCUUUCUCCCCAUUUACCCCCCUCCACAUAUGUCCCGCACAUUUUCAACAGCUUUCUAACCCUGUUUAACGGCCUAUCAAUUUGUGAAACCACUGCUAACCGCGUCUCAGUGUGACUGAACGGGGAUGAAGCAAUUUGGACCGAACAAUGAACAGUGUAGCGAAAUGACAAAGAACCAGGCUAUUCGGCCCAUCUGCUGCGUGCCCUUAUGUAUGCUCCAGGCGAAUCUCGUCGCCCCCACUGUACAUCGUGAGCCCAUCAGUAAAACAUCCUUUCCCCCGACUCGUGUAGCUUCCUAAUUCCGACCUUCUUAAUCUAUGAUAACACGGUGUGAAGCUGGAUGAACACAGCAGGCCAAGCAGCA